UCAUCAUGAGAUAAAUUCUUAAAAAUACUCAUAAAUACAAGUUGCAGCAAAAGAUAUAAUUAUUAUGUGGUGUUUUUUUACUUUCAAAGCAAAGAUGUGGUCUAUAAAGAGUCUCCAUACCCAGAAAGCUAUAAAGAAUCCAACGGUUGACGAAUACCCAAUCGCGGAAACACGGAGCCGCUAUCGCCCAAUACUUUGGAAUCCAAGCCCCUCCUCAGCCACUGUCUACUUAACUUAACUCUAGUUAAGUAGAAAAAACUUCAACCCUACUCUUCUUCCCCAAGUCUCCCCUUCUAUCUUUAUAUAUCCACCCUUCAUUUUACUUUUCAACCCGUUUUCUCUCUCACUCUCUGCGUCGACUCGUUCCCUGUAAAUUUUCUUCAUGCCCUCCUCAUAAGUGAUAAGAAUAAUUGAUAACUUGAAAAGUAAAGGAGAUGAGCUGCAGUGGAUGCCGAGUUCUACGAAAGGGAUGCAGUGAGAGCUGUAUUCUUAGGCCUUGUUUGGAGUGGAUUGAAACUAGUAUGCCCAAAGCAACGCCACCGUUUUUGUAGCCAAGUUCUUUGGCCGUGCCGGCCUCAUGUCAUCUAUUUCUUCUGUCCCAGAUAACCAAAGACCAGAUGUUUUUCAGUCGUUGUUAUUAGAAGCUGCUGGACGAACAGUAAAUCCGAUGAAUGGAGCUUUAGGGCUUUUAUGGACGGGAAACUGGCACGUCUGUCAGGCAGCAGUGGAGACCGUCCUACAAAGAGGCGCACUACGGUCGAUCCCAGAGUUUCUCAGCGACUCAUCAUUGGAGCAUGAUAAUAUCUCUGAGUGCACCGACAUGUUCAAGCUCCAGCAAUCCAAGCUAAAUUCCCCGCCCAAGGUAAAAAAGCACCGCCUCGGCUCGCCGGGUGAACCUGCUAAGAUUAUGCAAUUUGUUACGCCUCGAUUAUUCGCGCCUCGAUAUGCCGAAGUGCUAUCUCACCACCGAGGCCGAGAUCAAGUGAACCCCGGUUAGAAGAUCCGUCGUCAA